GCCUCCUUCGCUGGCGGGCGGGGACGGGAGAAGGGGGUUUUGAGGGAAGCUGCGCCCCCCCCCCUCUUCUCCUCCUCCUCCUCCCGGGGCCGAAGACACGGGGAGGGAGGAGCCUGCCUCCAUUAUUUAUAUUUUGUCUCCCUUUUUAUUUCCUCCCCUCCUUCAAAGUCUGACACGUCCGCAGUGAGUGAGUGGCGUUGGCAUCCUGUCAAUCCGUCACCGGGGCCGGCAGCAGCAGCGCAAAGCGGGGCAAGCAGCCGGAGCCAUAAAUCCCGCCCGGGAGAGCCCCGACUACCGGCCCCCCAUCCAUCUCUCCCUCAUCACCCCUCAGCCGCCGCCGAGGAGGAAAAAACUUUUUUGAUUGCUGCUCUGAGGCAUCAUCAUCAUCAUCGUCCCCAUCUGACUGGGCACCUUAACCAUUUCUAUCACCUCUCCCUGCCCGGCUCCUGUCAUUAAUACUGGGCGCUGCUCCCCCACCCGCCCCCAACUUCUUCUUCUUCUUCUUCUUCUUCCCAGAGACUUUCUUUUGAUGCAUCUUAUUUCUCCUCUUUUUUUUAUUUAAAUAAUCCCUCAUUUAUUUUAUUGGCGGUGAUCAGCGAGGAGCUGCGGCUACUACUACUACUCCUCUAACUACUACUACUACUCCUCCAUCAUCAUCAUCGGGCACUGAUUUAUGUCCUGGACGCGGACAGAUCGGGACUGAAAAGAAAGGACCGAGGCGAUGUGAGGAGCCCCGAUGCCUUCUUCUGACUCCGUGACAUCUAUCACCAUCUGCGGGGAAAUGAGCUGAGAAUAAUUGACUUUAUUUAUUUAUUUUUUUGACAUUUUUACAAAAAAAAAAAAAUAUAUAUAUAUUUUUUUUUUUAGGAUUUUCUUUCUUGGAAUAAAGCUUUGAAAAAUCAUCAACGUGAUUUCUUAUGCAAGGACUGUCCUAGAAGAAAGUGCGUCUUCUCCUGCAGAGCAUCCUUUCCUUCAAGAUCUCGGAGUGGGUCUUGCAUUGACAGAAGAGGGGGGGGAGGAAAAAAAAAAAAAAAUUGCUAAAAAACUGAUUUCCACUUGUGACUUGAAUGGCUUUUGCUUACUCGUGUCCUGAUGGGAUGAAUCGGAAGCGGCCUUGGCAAAGAUAAAGAAGCAGGGACCUUUGACCUUUCAUGAGACCCCCAGAAUUUUGUCGCAUUUGCAGCGCGCGGUGGAAUAAAUCGGCACUGGAAAUAGACCCCCAGAAGCAGAAUUUUGUCUAGACGAGGCGUUACUUUCUAUCAGUUUUUUUUUUUCCCGGAUGGAGUGAAGAACUGUAUUUAGACACCUUCUUUGCCAGUCAGUGCACGGGAAUUUACUCUUCGUUGUCACUGUUGAUGUGCGGGGCACUGACCCCCCAAGCGGUUGUGCCCCCGACUGUGAGGUCGUCUCCUCGCAGUCUAGAUUUCCAUUGAUUUCGGCUGCGGAGAGGAGUAUGGACGAGCAGACCAGGAUGCUGCAGACUUUGGCCGGGGUGAACAUGGCCGGUCACUCGGUACAGGGGGGGAUGACUUUACCUCCUCCCCACGGACACGACGGGACCGAUGGGGACGGCAGGAAGCAGGACAUUGGCGACAUCCUGCACCAGAUCAUGACCAUCACUGAUCAGAGCCUGGACGAGGCACAAGCAAAGAAGCAUGCACUGAACUGCCAUAGGAUGAAGCCGGCCCUCUUCAGUGUUCUGUGUGAAAUCAAAGAGAAAACAGGUCUCAGCAUCCGAGGGGCACAGGAAGAAGAUCCCCCAGACCCACAGCUCAUGAGGCUGGACAACAUGUUGCUGGCAGAAGGCGUAUCCGGACCUGAGAAAGGAAGCGGAGCUGCAGCAGCCGCAGCGGCGGCGGCAGCGUCAGGCGGGACCUCAGACAACUCAAUCGAACAUUCCGACUACAGAGCCAAACUCAGCCAGAUCCGACAGAUUUACCACACAGAACUGGAGAAAUACGAGCAGGCAUGCAAUGAAUUUACAACCCACGUGAUGAAUCUUCUGAGAGAGCAAAGCCGGACGCGCCCCAUCUCCCCCAAAGAAAUCGAAAGGAUGGUGGGCAUUAUCCACAGGAAGUUCAGCUCCAUCCAAAUGCAACUGAAACAAAGCACUUGCGAAGCUGUCAUGAUCUUGAGGUCGAGGUUUCUCGAUGCCAGGAGAAAAAGACGUAACUUCAGUAAACAGGCCACAGAGAUCCUAAAUGAGUACUUCUACUCCCACCUCAGCAACCCUUACCCAAGCGAGGAAGCCAAAGAGGAGCUGGCGAAGAAAUGCAGUAUCACAGUGUCACAGGUAUCCAACUGGUUCGGGAACAAGCGAAUCAGGUACAAGAAAAACAUUGGCAAGUUUCAGGAAGAGGCAAACCUGUACGCAGCCAAGACGGCCGUCAACGCAGCUCAUGCAGUGGCAGCCGCCGUGCAGAACAACCAGACCAGCUCCCCCACUACGCCAAAUUCCGGUUCUUCUGGUUCUUUUAAUCUCCCAAAUUCAGGCGACAUGUACAUGAAUAUGCAGAGUCUGAAUGGGGAUUCUUACCAAGGGGCCCAAGUUGGAGCCAAUGUGCAAUCACAGGUGGAUUCCCUUCGUCAUGUUAUCAAUCAGACGGGCGGAUACAGUGAUGCCUUGGGAGGGAAUUCACUGUACAGUCCACAUCACCUAACUGCUAAUGGAGGGUGGCAUGAGGCGGCAACCCCUUCUUCUGUCACCUCCCCAACAGAAGGGCCCGGCAGCGUGAACUCUGAUACCUCUAACUGAGUGACCCCUCAUAAAACUGUGCAGUCCCAGCUCUCUGGAGGGAUAAGGCAUCAUGUUAGGUCUUUAUUCAACACUUCGUUAAGCAGAUACCCAGCUCUGAGGAAGAAGAAGACCUUCACCUUCCGAUAAAUCUUCUUCUCCAGCUCAUUGGUGCUGCUUUGCCUGUUUCAAAUAAGGACCCGCACACAGCCGCAUUGUACGUCCCAGCUGAGACAAGCUGCUGGAUUCCAGUACAUCUGAAUUUUUUAUUUUUUUUUGCUUAAUCACCACUUUGAAAGCACUUUAUCUAAUCGGGCCAAGAUCUGAGUUAGAAUCUGUGAAACGGUCUCCACGUCCCAUCGGCACUUUUUAAUCAACGGCUCAUCUGAAGGAAUGAAGUAGCAGCUUUAAGGAGAAACGUUUGCAUGUUUGCCUAGAGUAUCUGGGGUUACAGUGAAGAGACAUUGUGAUGAUGAUGAUGAUGAUUUUUUUCUUCUUGCUCGUUUUCCUAUAGGACACAUCAAAAGCUCUGUUGAUCUGUGAAGAUGCAUCCACUUCUACAGGGAAAAAAAAAAAUCUUCACAUGCUGUUAAUGAAUUAUCUCACCGGAUGGACUCUUUAAUCAAGCCCUUUCAUGUUGUCAUCUGUCGGCCACAUUUCCCAAUUUUUUUUUAUUUCAGAAUUCAAAAACAAAUAAAAUAAAAUAAAAAAUCUC